AUGCUUAGAGACAUUCUUUCCUUGUGUUGUGCUCGUUGUGGUGUAUUCUUUGUGGGAGUCAAGCUAAGGACUUGCAUUACUUGUUGUGGGGUUGUCAGUUUGUUCAGUCUCUUUGGUGUCAUUGGUCGGAGGCUUUUGACUUAUGUUUGGCAUGGAAUCGCGAUGGUUAUGCUAUUAUUUAGGAGGUGCUCUUGGGCUAACUUCUUUGGUAUUUUGUGGGGAGUUUGGCUUGAGAGAAACAAUAGAAUUUUUAGAGAGGUGGAGUGGUUGUGUGAUGAGGACUAUUUGGCAGCACCUGCAACAACAGACCUAGCAUAUUGUGUGAUCUUGGAACACACAAUUGCAGAGAGGGAACGAAGCCCAGCUGUAGUUGCGAGGUCUGUGGCACUUUUGAAACGCUACCUUCUUAGAUACAAACCCUCUGAAGAAACAUUAAUGCAGAUAGACCGGUUUUGCUUAAACACAAUUAGCGAGUGUAGCUUUAGUCCAAACCGAAGGUCAUCACCAUGGUCUCAAUCUUUGAGUCAACCAUCUGCUGCACCUACAACCUCUUCUACUUUUUCUCCAUUGCCCGUAUCAAGUAUUGCCUCUGGAGCACUUAUAAAAUCACUGAAAUAUGUUCGCUCCUUGGUGGGACAACACAUACCAAGGAGAUCAUUUCAACCAGCUGCUUUUGCUGGUGCACCUUCUAUGUCAAGACAGUCGCUACCUGCACUGUCAUCUAUGCUGAGUAGAUCCUUCAAUUCACAAUUAAAUGCUGCAAGUAGUGGAGAAUCUUCAGAGCAUAAAGACUCCACAGUUUUAUCUACAUCAAAUUUAUCUAAUAUUGAAGAAGUUGAUAGUACGGUUGACCUUGAAUACAUCUCACCUGAUGUCUUGAAAUGGCGAUGGUUUGGGGAACAACGGUCAUCUCUUUUUCAAAGAGAGAGUGAUAAUUUUGCUAAUACUCAAGACUUGAGAACGCGUAAUCUUCUAGAAGUAGGUGCAGCAGCACUUUUAGUGGGAGAUACAGAAGCCAAAAUGAAGGAUCAACCUUGGAAAUCUUUUGGAACAGCUGAUAUGCCAUAUGUUGAUCAACUAUUGCAGCCUUCACCGGUAGCAACUAUAACCAAUUCUUCCUCUGCCCGUCUCCACUUGAGGGCUAUAACUGCAUCAAAGCGCACAAAACCAGGCUUGCAUCAGAUCUGGGAAGAUUCUCCUGGGAGUACAUUUCGACCAAAGGCCAGACCACUCUUCCAAUAUCGUUACUACAGUGAACAGCAGCCUCUGAGACUGAAUCCUGCCGAGGUGUGCGAGGUUAUUGCUGCAGUUUGCUCUGAAAUGUCUUCACCCAUCGCUAAUCCUCUUACAGUAACAUCUAGGUUAAGUACAAAUAGUGGCAAGCCAUCAAUGGAUGUUGCCGUGAGCGUUCUUGUAAAGCUCAUUAUUGACAUGUAUGUUUUGGAUUCUGGGAUUGCUGCACCUCUCACUUUAUCCAUGCUCGAGGAAAUGCUUAGUUCUCCAAGGUCAACCUGCAAAGUUCGUGCAUUUGAUUUAAUCUUGAACCUUGGUGUUCACGCUCACUUAUUAGAACCGAUCACGCUCGAUGAAAAUCCUACAAUUGAAGAAGAGUACUCUCAAGAAUCAUAUCUUGCGGAAGAAGCCCAAUUUAAUUCACAGGGGAAGAAAAAUCUUGAUUCUUCUAACAACAUCAGUGCAACUUCAUCUAUUAACAAAUUUGAAUGUUGGAUCCUCAACAUCUUGUAUGAGAUACUGCUUCUUCUCGUCCAGAUUGAAGAGAAGGAAGAAUCUGUCUGGACGUCUGCUUUGAGCUGUUUACUGUAUUUUGUUUGUGAUAGAGGCAGACUCAGGAGAAGCCGACUAAAGGGCCUUGACAUAAGGGUUAUUAAGGCAUUUCUAGAAACUAGCAGGAGAAACUCUUGGGCUGAAAUAGUUCAUUGCAGGCUUAUUUGCCUGUUAACAAACAUGUUCUAUCAAGUCCCGGAGGAGCCCACAGAGGUUGCUUCAAGCCCCAUAUUUCUUGUAGAUCAGGUGGAUCUGGUUGGAGGAACUAAGUUUAUUUUCUUUGAGUAUUCUCUAGCAAACUCAAGAGAAGAGCGGAGAAAUCUCUUUCUGGUGCUUUUUGAUUAUGUUUUGCAUCAAAUAAAUGAAUCUUGCAUCACAACUGGAGUUAUGGAAUAUGGUGAUGAUGAGAUACAACCCCUUGCAACCCUGUUCACCCUCGCCAAUGCACCUGAGGCUUUUUACAUCUCAGUUAAGCUUGGAGUGGAAGGUGUUGGAGAGAUUUUGAAAGCGUCUAUCUCAUCAGCAUUGUGUAGAUAUCCUAAUAGUGAGCGACUAAAUAUGCUCUCGGAGAAUAUAAUGGAGAAAUUUAAUACAAUAAUCAAAUCAUUUACACAUUUGGACAAUGAGUUCUCUUAUAUGAUACAGAUAACCAAAUCUCUCAAACUUUUUGAAAGCAUUCAAGGUUCUAUGUUAAGAAAUGGUGUUAGCAUGAAAUCCAAACUAUCAUGGGCCACUCUGCAUUCCCUUCUUCAUUCAGAGAGAAUUGCUUAUCGUCAAAAUGGUUAUGUUUGGCUAGGCGAUCUUCUUUUUGAAGAAAUAACUAGUGAAAGGGAUGAAAAUAUGUGGACAAAUGUGAAAAAAUUACAGCAGAGAAUCACAUACGCUGGUGUAAAUGAUUAUUCAUCUGCUUCGGACAUACCCCUUUCCAUCUGGCUUAUGUGUGGACUUUUAAAGUCAAAACACAACAUCAUUAGAUGGGGCUUUUUAUUUGUUGUAGAAAGACUUCUUAUGCGAUGCAAAUUUUUGUUGAAUGAAAAUGAAAUGCGAAAUUCUGGCAGCAAUGAUCUUGGCCAGGCAUCCAAAGAUAGCCGUCUUGAGAAAGCUAAUGCAGUGAUAGAUAUAAUGUGCAGUGCUCUUUUCUUGGUCUUUCAGAUCAAUGAAACAGAUCGCAUCAAUAUUUUAAAGAUGUGCGACAUACUCUUCUCUCAAUUAUGCUUGAGAGUACCACAAGCUUCUGACUUACCAAUUGGAGAUGAUCUGCCCCACGGCAGAGUUAUAGAUUACUCAGGUGAAAGUAAAAUGAUAGGGGUUAUUGAAUCUGAAGCUAAACUGGAUGGUAAUUACUUUGGUGAGCUAAAGGAGGAGAAAAGCAGAUAUAGUAAAACUUAUAACAAUCCUCUUGAUCAUGAGACAGCCUCCAUGGCAGCAUUACUGCUUCAAGGACAGACUAUUGUCCCCAUGCAGUUGAUUUCUCAUGUUCCUGCUGCUCUGUUCUACUGGCCGUUGAUUCAACUUGCUGGAGCAGCAACAGACAACAUUGCUUUGGGUGUUGCUGUUGGAAGCCAAGCAAGAGGGAACCACCCAGGUGCCGCCUCCGACAUCCGAUCAGCGCUGCUCUUACUCCUAAUUGCUAAGUGCAGUUCUGAUUCAUCUGCUUUCCAAGAAGUGGAUGGGGAACAAUUUUUCAGAGAGCUUCUAGAUGAUACAGAUUCAAGGGUGGCCUAUUACUCUUCAGCGUUUCUUUUGAAGCGUAUGAUGACGGAGAAACCUGAAAAGUACCAAUACAUGCUUCAGAAUCUUGUAAUUAAAGCUCAGCAGAGCAAUAAUGAGAAGCUGUUGGAAAAUCCAUACCUUCAGAUGCGUGGUAUACUUAAGCUGGCAAACGAUAUGGGCUUCGAGUUGUGAUUUACUCUGAUUUUCUGGAAGCGUUCUGUUUUUUACAUGGAUACAUCACAUUCAGCGGUGUGCAGAAAAAGUUUUGAUAUGCAUGGUGUUUCGAUCACUUGCUUUAAUUUCCAUCUUUGGAGCAUAUGAAGAAAUGCACCUGACUAAGUGUACAUGACAGAGCUCGUCUUCUCAUAUGGGAACUUAAUUUAGAUCAAGCUAGGAGAAUGACUAUCCAUUGAGAAAGGCGAUAGUGAUACAUUGGGAUGAUAUUGUUUAUUCGUAGUUUUAUCUUGCCACUGUACAGUUGUUUCUAGCCAUCAACUCCGAUUUUCUUUGAUAAGCACGCACGAAGGAAGAUGAUGAGCUAAUUUGAUCACUGGCCGUGCAGAUUAGCUAUUGUAGAGAUCCCUCCUCGGCUAUGCCAAUUAACUUUUCUUUUCAACCAUAAGUCAAGGAGAAAACAACUAAGGCAUUCGGGAAACCCCUUUAGAUUACUCAUUUGUCUGCCUCAUUCUGCCACAAAUCAUUGGACAUGGAAGCUUUUUUAAUAUUUUCAUCAGCUGUAUGUCGUGUAUAAUGUUUUCGGACGACUUGCAAGUGAAACUUGAGAAGAUUCAUUUCAUUUGUACAGAAAUCACAUUACCUCCAACAAGCCUUCUUCUGUUUUUGUCAUUCCUGAAGGCAAUCUUUUAACCAUGUUAUCUUUUUUUUCUUUUUUCUUUUUCUUUCUUUCUAGAAUCUUCUUUUGUUUUUUCCAAGUCUGUAAAGUCAGCUUAACUGAGGGAGAAAAUAUCAUCAAAAUGUAUCCACCAUAUGGCUCACUAGUCUCAUUUUUCAGAGCAUUGCAGGUGUCCGUUAUUUUUAGGACAUUUAACUGCCUGCUUGCCUGGUAUGGGUUUUUCUGGAAGCUAUCUUUGUGAUAAUUAUUAUUAUUGCUUCUUUAACAUUUAAUCUUGUGCUUUUUUUUUCCCCACAGCCACAGUUGGUAAUCUGAAAUUUCCAUUUUGCUCU